GAUCAGUUCACGUCACGUCACGUUACUUGCAGUAGUGUAGUUGCAGUUACUUGCUUCUUUUUGUCCGAACCGAAAAAAGAUUUUUGUAGUAGUUUUCUGAUUAUUUCUAAAUAUUCCGUUGAUUUAUUUACCUUAAAUAUUUACAUCUUAAUCAGUGUCGUCGGUAGACGAGUAAUUGUGAACCAAUUUUAGAGAAAGAUAACAGAAAAGAAUCAAUUAUUUGUGGGCCAAUUCUAAAAACGCAAAAGAUGCAAAUAACAUCAGACCCUCGCCGCGCCGACCGCGAGCGUCGCUACAAGCCUCCACCACCGACAUCAGCCCCAGAUGAAGACCUUACUACUGAUUAUAUGAAUAUUCUUGGCAUGGUGUUCUCUAUGUGUGGACUCAUGAUGCGUUUAAAAUGGUGUGCCUGGACCGCUGUAUUUUGUUCAAGCAUUAGUUUUGCCAAUUCUAGAGUAUCUGAUGAUACCAAACAGAUUGUGAGUUCUUUUAUGUUGUCAAUAUCAGCAGUGGUCAUGUCAUAUCUUCAAAACCCUGCACCUAUGUCACCACCUUGGGCUGCCCUUACCACAUAAUUAGACUGCAAUAUUAAUAAAACAACCAAUAAAAAAUAUUUAUAUUUCAA